AAUGUCGCGACUGUGCUGCUCGGAUAAGCCGCUGCGCCUCGCCUACCGUAUAGACGGAGAAGAGCAGGCAGAGCGGCGGCGUGAAUAUGGCUCAACCAAUCCGAGUUUUGGUGACCGGUGCAGCUGGGCAGAUCGCCUAUUCCCUUCUGUUCAGCAUUGCAAAGGGAGAUGUCUUCGGGAAGGAUCAGCCCAUCGUCCUGCUCCUUUUGGACAUUUCACCAAUGCUGCCUGUCCUGGAUGGCGUUGUCAUGGAGCUGCAGGACUGUGCCCUCCCACUGCUGAAGGAGGUUGUCUCCACUGAUAAGGAGGAGGUGGCCUUCAAGGACCUAGAUGUUGCCAUCUUGGUGGGCUCCAUGCCUAGAAGGGAUGGAAUGGAGAGGAAGGACCUGCUGAAGGCCAACGUUGCCAUCUUCAAGAGCCAGGGGGGCGCCCUGGACAAGUUUGCAAAGAAGACUGUCAAGGUGCUGGUUGUGGGGAACCCUGCCAACACUAACUGUCUGAUCGCUGCAAAGUCUGCUCCUUCCAUCCCUAAAGAGAACUUCUCCUGCCUCACCCGUCUGGACCACAACAGGGCCUGCUCCCAGGUGGCGAUUCGUUGCAGUGUUCCCGCCACCCACGUAAAGAAUGUGAUCAUCUGGGGAAACCACUCGUCGACUCAGUACCCUGACGUCCACCACUGCAAAGUGAACAUGGCUGGCAGCGAUCUGCCCUGCUUUGAGGCCGUCAAAGACGAUGCCUGGCUCAAGGGAGACUUCAUUGCUACAGUCCAGCAGCGAGGUGCGGCAGUCAUCAAGGCCAGGAAGCUGUCCAGUGCCAUGUCUGCUGCCAAGGCCAUCUGUGACCACCUGAGGGACAUCUGGUCAGGAACCCCUGAGGGAGAAUUCAUCUCCAUGGGUGUGUACUCCACCGGGAACCGUUAUGGAGUCCCAGAGGACCUUGUCUAUUCCUUCCCUGUACAGAUUAAGGACAAGUCUUGGAAGAUUGUGGACGGCUUGGCCAUCAAUGACUUCUCCAAGAGUAGGAUGGAUGCCUCUGCUGCCGAGCUGAUCGAGGAGAGGGACAUGGCACUCUCAACUCUUGCCGUGUAACUAGGCCCCAGUUCAACCGAGCAGCCAGAGACCAUGGGAAAUCCAGACGCACGCUUAUGAGAAAACACCCCAUCCCUUUGCAGUUGUGUUUUGUGCGUGAUCAUUUGUGCAUAUUUUCCAUUUAAAGUGUAGCUGAACCCCCUGUUUCAGCUGAAAUUAGAAGAAAUUGAUAAAAAUGGGUUUUUGGUUGAGAGUUCCGGGGGGAACGCGGUGUCCCAUGGUUACGACCCACACCAACUUUCUGAUUAACCGCUGCUAAGACGGAGCUCCACACAUACUGGGUGGCAAACAUAGUAUUUUACACCAGUUUUUUACAACAGCGAUAAAAUGGCAUAGAUUACUAUACUGAGCUCAUGUAAGACCACGUUUAACACCAAAAUAAAUCCAUUUUGGUUUCA